AUGGCGUUGUCGUCUACAGAAUUGUCUCUUAGCUUUGCCACUUUGACGCCAGAAUCCAAAGCGGCCCAAACCCACUUGGCGUCGCUUGUGGCUAAGCACCGUCAAGACACCGGCGCUUCACCCGUGGAUCUAGUCCUAACGACUGGAUCUAGGCAUUUGACAAACACCACCCCAUCAGACGCCCAUGAUGCUGGGAUACGCUCAAAAUAUACAAUUAUCUUUACAUUCGGGAGAAGCGGCAGUGGCCGUGAUUCUGAGUGGAUCGUUGGAAAAUUGCAUUUCAAUAAGCAUGAAAAGCGCAUCGACAUGCCAAUCUGCUCUUCUAGGUCACGGUGCUUCAAAGGGCGUGAACUAUUCGAAGUUUUUGUUCAGCCCAAAUCCGGGGUCUUGAUGAUUCGCAAUACGAAUGACAACCACUCCUUGUGGUAUCUGAACGCUGACAACCAAGGCGAUCACAUUGAAUUGCGGAAAGACGAGGAGUAUGUCCUUCAUAUGUCUACCAACCUGCUCCGCAUCGGCUCGCUGCACUAUGCAUUCCGAUAUACCAUCGAGAGUACAAGUGCAUUCUUGGCCAGCCGCAAAGUAUAUAUGCAAACACAAUUUGGAAAUUGGGAUAUCCCUGACUGCUUCGCGAUUCAACCACAGCCGGAUCACAUCCGUCUGAGGCAUGUCAUCCUACACAAUGUUAUUGCGAAAGGUGAUACUUGCGUCGUUAGGGCCGGCGUGGACAGAAAGACUGGGAAUCCUAUCGCGUGUAAGACUAUACAAUGUUCGCAGGACAAUAUCGAAACUGUGGCCAAUGAGAUCAGCAUUGCUUCACUUCUUUCCUCUCAUGCAUCUAGCGGCCUUAUACCUUUGCUCUUCAAAUCAUGCGGACAUGGCUACCCGCUGCCCUGUUCCCGAACCGAGGUUGAAGAUAUGCAUCUGGUCAUGCCCUACGCACCCUUCACCUUCGAGACUGCGCCGUGGCAGGAUAUCCGCCCAUCUCUGAAGCUUGCUCUCUUCCGCCACGCUCUCGAGGGGCUCAGAAAUCUUCAUGCCGCGGGUAUCAUGCAUAGAGAUAUCAACCCCAGCAAUUUGCUAGUCCUCUCGCUGCAGCCUGCCGCCGCUGCCAUUAGUGAUUUUGGCAUGGCCAAGGUGGGCCUCGAGGAUUCUGAAAAGUCUCUCGGACUUCUCACCUACCAGGCGCCUGAGGUUGCCACUCAGAGGACCUACACCAAUUCUAUCGACAUCUUCAGUCUGGCUUUAUCUAUCCUGGCCUCGUUUGAUGGUUGCAAGUGGUCUGGUCCGCUUUCUGACCAUGAACGCUACUCUACUAUGCUGGACCACCUCGCACGCCUGGAGACUCAAAUGCCCGAUGGCCUGGCGACUCUUCUAAGCGCCAUGUUAUCGUGGGAUCCUUCCCAUCGGCCUAGCGCCGAAGACGUUUUGGCGCAUGCGAUUUGGAAACAGAUCACAGAGCGGGACUCCGCUGAUGUGGCUGAUCGCCAUAUCAGCGAGAAGAGCUCCAGCAUGCAGGCGUCGGACGACGGCGAUUUGCCCUUAUCUAGCUUGUCUUCAUCUGGUUUAGACAUGGGGGAUGACCUAGAUCAGAGGCUUCGGCCUCUGACACCAGAUGCUCCAGCCUACUCGUCGAGGCCAAACAGCAGCCCGUCUGGCCCUGAUGAUUUGACUCAGCGGAUGAAGCGCUCGGAUGCGCCGCCCCCUUCAUCCAUUGCAAACGACGAUGCUAGCUCAAUAGCUGAGGUCCUUGGCUGGGAUGAUAUAAGUGAGCCCGGGAUGGGACGGUCAGAGGCGCCAUCGCCACCGUCACCUGCAAAUGACACCAACUCAGCCUUCGAUGAGCCUGGUAUGAAUGAGCGGAUGGAGCGUGCUAACGCACCUACCCCAUCAUCACCUGCGGGCAGCAAUAAUUAA